CGCUGCUUUAACACGUAAAAAAACAUCCAGGAUGUGCCUCCACUUCGGUGGGUGCCUGCGGCUUCAGGGCUCACGUGGGCGAGGUAAUGCACGCAGUUCGGAAAUGAGAGCUUCUUCCAGCCCCCUCCUCGGGCAGGCAACUUCAGGGGUGAAGAUGCUGUGGGAUUCCGCAUGUGCCCAGAGCCCUGCUCUUCCUUGCUGCUGCCCUCCGGAUCCAGGUAGCUGAGUGAAAGCCUUGGCUAAUCUGGAUGGUCGUGAGAAACCUGGACUCCAGCUCUGUACCCUAAGGAAAAGCUAUCCAUAACCACUACAUUCUCACAAUAUUACCCUUCCCCAUGAGGCUGUUCCACUUCCUUGGGCUGGGAGCCCUGCAGGAAAGAAGCCAAGCAGCUGUGAUGGAUGUACCAGCUUCUGGCUCAGUACCAGCACAACAGCCUAGCUAAGUAGCUCUGUGUAGUGAGCAUGCAGUCUCUGUGCUUUUAUUCUCUUUAAUCUUGCUUUUGAAGAUGAUCAUAAUACCUGUUGUCCUUACAGAUGUGUAUGACUGAAACGCUAGAGGCAAAACCAAAUGAAAUGUUAGAAAAUAAUCCCAAAAAAUCAUUUAAAAAUGGAUGAACUGUAAAAUAUUGUACAAAAUUAUCAGUAAAACACUUUUUUCCCUUAAUUUAGAUAUAAAUACUCAUGACCACUGCCUCUGUAGAAAUUUUCAUUAUUUCUCUACUUGGUUUCAUCUUGGGAGGUUUUUGAGUAACUCUUUUCUAUUAAAAUUAAACUUUCAGAUAUCAGGUUUAUGACUUAUAGCAUAGCUCCUCAGUAAAUGUUACUAAAGUCAAGAAAAGGUGCUCAUAUUUCUUUUUGGUUAUAAAUACAAAUUGAUGUUGUGUGACUGGUUGCUGCUAUAUCUUUUUGAAUGGCUUUUUUAUUGGGUGGGGGGAGCUAAGCCAAGCCUCUCCUCAAGUGACAUAAUGUUCUCUCCAGACCUCGACAGAUAAAAAGAUGACUUCCUCAAAUAACAAUUCUUCAUAGUUACGUGGGGAUGAAAACAGGGAUGUGGGUGAAUAUCACAGAUUGGCAUAGUCUGACAUAUGCAAUAAUACCUCCUAUUGUUGGUUUGAGUGGAGUUUGGUUUUAAAGCACUGUUAACCACCUUCAAUUCAAACCUCCCUGGGCCCAUCUGCACACAUGAAGCAUAGGCCUCACCCCUGAUUAAUCUGAAAGCCUCAGAGAGAGGCUGCACAAGCAGUGCUUCCAGGUGAGAUUUCACAAAGCCACGCAGCCACACCUUGUCACUCCACCCCCAGGAGAGAAGAGAGACUUUCUAAACUUGCCACAGCUCAUCAGCUAGGAUAGACAGUGAGAUCAGGGAGCUCAGCUGAACACCUCUACUUUAAUGAGGUUCAUCUCUUUCAGAAACUAAUAUCCAAGGAGACACUUCUACAGAUGAAAACUCCAGCAAUUCCUGUACUGGCUUGACAAGAACAAAACAAGUGUUAGAGAGGAGUUCUUAUUUACAGCACCUCUAGCUGCACAUCUCUUCUUGGAAUAGCACAGACAGGGAUAAGACUGGUGCCUUUGAAGAAAGCUACGUGAAAAGGGCACCAGGCUGCUCUGACAACCCCAGCUUUUACGUUAAACACACGUCGGGGUUGGAACAGCAUCACAAGCUUCAAGAGGAGAAAUAUGCCUUGUAACUCACAUCAGCUGGGGAGCGUUGAUGCAUUGGGAAGAGUGGGACUGCAUCAUGACAGCCACUAGCAUUUCAUUUCUGUCACAACAGCAGGUUGUGCACUUGCCACAUUCAGCUUUACCAGACCAAGUAUUCCUUCCAUCUGCUGUCCAUUUAUUAAAAACAUGGUACUCCGGUCAUCACUAAAGAGCUGCCUUCAGCUAUCCUGCCUCCUCAAGACUCCAAAAGCUGGUUUCAGAAGCACAACGAGUGGAGGCCUCAUUAUCCAGUCUACAUCUAAUGAUAUUUACCAAAAUCUAGCUGUGGAAGACUGGAUCCAUGACCACAUGAAUUUAGAGAACCGACAGGUCCUUUUCCUUUGGAGAAAUUCCCCUGCUGUGGUAAUAGGGAGACAUCAGAAUCCCUGGCAGGAAUGCAACCUCAGACUAAUGAGGCAAAAAAAUAUAAAACUGGCCAGAAGGAGAAGUGGAGGAGGAACAGUUUACCAUGACUUAGGCAAUAUCAAUUUGACUUUCUUUACAGCAAGAAAAAAAUACGAACGAAUGGAAAACCUGAAACUAAUUGUGAAGGCAUUGAAAGCCUUGAGCCCCCAGUUAGACGUACAUGUCACUGACAGAUAUGACAUCUUGCUAGACGGGCAAUACAAAAUCUCGGGUACUGCUGCAAAGCUGGGAAGGACAACUGCUUAUCACCACUGUACCUUACUCUGUAAUGCAGAUAAGUUUGUUUUAUCUUCUGUGCUAAAAAGUCCUUAUAAAGGGAUAAAAAGCAAUGCCACUCCUAGUGUGCCUGCCUCGGUGAAAAAUCUCUUUGAAGAGGAUUCUAGUUUAACUUCUGAGAUGCUCCUGGAUGCCAUUGCUGAAGAAUAUGCCACACAACACCAAGUAGAUCAUCAUAUCACCUUAGUAAAUCCAGCUGAUGAGACUGUGCUUCCUGGAAUUAGUAAUAAAACUAAAGAACUACAAGCCUGGGAAUGGGUAUAUGGAAAGACACCCAAGUUCAGCAUUAGCACUUGUUUGAAUGUGGUCUAUAAAGAUUCUGUUAUUGACGUUAAAGUAGAUCUGGAUGUGAAGCACGGAAAGAUUGAAGUCUGUAACAUUGAUCUGCCAGAGCAGUGGCUGCCACCAGCACUGUGCAGUGAACUGGUGAACAGCUUUACUGGCAGUAAGUUUUGCCCAAAUGAAAUCACUACACUAGCGACAACAUUACUAAGAGUGUGUCCACAAGAUGAUGAGAUGCACAGCAGGUGGAAUCUGCUGUGUGAGAGUAUGACAAGGUUAAUGUGACUUGCAUUUUGAAAGCGUAAGUUAAACUUCUGCUGCUCUUUAAUUUAUUGAAAACAAAAUUAAAACAUUAAUUUCUACAAGCUGAA